AUUGUCAGGCUCAUGAACGCGCACAAACGUGCACAGGUUAAGAACUGUUGUUCAGAUCGAAACGGGAAUUUACAGCGCUUCAGCAAUUCCGUCCUUCACAUCAAUGUGACAGAAGACCGUUUGUUCCUGAACCUGACGGUGUGGACGCAGAGGAUGCUGGGAUGCAAGGGAUCAUCUGGGACGGGGGUGAGGUACAAGCUGACUCUGGCUACAGGACUGCUGGAGUGCUUGUGUUUCGCUGGAGUGGUGUUUGGCUGGGCAUCUCUCGUGUUUGUCCUCAAGACAGAUGGCUACUUCAGCGAUCUAUGCAUAAAUGUGACAGAUGCUAGUGGAGAACUUGGCUCAGAUUGCAGUCUGCAAGAUGAGAAUUUCUCUUUGGUCUUUACCGUGGCCUCGUUCAUGAACAACUUUCUUACUCUGCCCAAUGGAUUUGUCUACGACCACUUUGGCACGAUGGCAACGCGAUUUUUGGCAAUAUUUCUUUAUACCACCGGCACGUUUAUUGUGGCAUUGUCCAGUAAAGCUCUCUCUUUUUUGCUUUUUCCUGCUCUGGCCUUCAUAGCUGUGGGGGGUAUUUUAUUUCUGAUGACAAAUAUUCAGGUGGGGAACCUGUUUGGCACUCAUAGAUCAACCAUUAUUACAGUUUAUAAUGGGGCCUUUGACUCUUCAUCAGUUAUCUUUCUUAUCAUUAAGGUGCUUUAUGAGAAAGGCGUCUCUCUUCACUCCUCAUUCCUCUUCCUCUCGGCCUGUAAUCUUAUUCAUCUCCUUCGGACUCUCUUCCUUAUGCCAAAAUCACACAUUCCUUAUCCUAUCCCAGAGGGCUACAAAUAUGGGAUGAGCUGUGCUAAAUCAACUAGCUACAACGUUGAGCAGUACGAGGCAAACCAAGACCCGAGUUCAGACAGAAGCAGAGGUGUAGAUGAUGAGCCACUGGAGACUGACUCACUACAGCUAACAGACAACUCUGAGAAAGACAGUUUUAAGAGCUGUGUUCUUUCUUGGCUCUUCCUGUGGCACCUCAUAUGGCUGUCAGUCAUGCAGCUUCGCCAUUAUUUCUUCAUUGGAACUCUGAAUCCAAUGCUGAACAGACUGGCCAACCAAGACCCAGUCAUUGUGAGUGAGUACACCAAUGCGUUUGCUUUCACCCAGCUCUGUGGAGUUCUCUGUGCUCCCUGGAACGGCCUGCUAAUGGACAGACACAAAAGAAAACCCCUAGGUUCAGGCAUGUCUGAAUGGGAAGCAGAUUUGCACUCGUCCGUUCUGUCUCUCCUCCUCACCUCUCUGCAGUGCCUCUUGUUCUCCAUCUGUGCAAGCAUUCCGUUCCUCCCUCUCCAAUACAUGACAUUCAUCCUUCAGGUCCUUAAUCGCUCCUUUCUGUAUGGAGGGAAUGCUGCAUUCAUCAGCAUAGCGUUUCCAGCCUGCCAUUUUGGAAAGCUGUAUGGGCUAGUGAUGUCCCUAUCAGCUGUGGUGUCAUUGCUGCAGUAUCCCUGCUUCGCCCUCAACAAAGUUCUCGGAGGAGACCCCUUCUAUGUGAACAUCAUCCUGACCUUCCUGACUCUAAUGGCCUUCAUUCAUCCUGUCUAUGUGUUUCUUCACUGCAGAGAACUGGCAAAACAGAGAGAGAAUUCACAGAGCAUUCUAGAAGCCUCGAUACAGGAAAUAUCAAUGUAUUAAUUUAAAUCACUUCAUCUACAGAAGUACUUGAUUAUGCAUAUGAUUAUGCAGCUCUGUCCUGGCCUUAGCUUUUUGUAAAUGACAAAGGGAAUAGUAAUAAGCAUUGUGAUUGUGUAUUCUCAACUUUUUACCACCAUUUUAGAGAUUCAAAUGUUCAGAAAUAAGAGUUAACAGUCAGAGAUUUAAAUGAAUUCCAUUUAAUUGUCUUAGUUAUUGAAUAUUUACAAUCUUUAUGAAUACAGAAAAUAACAAUAAAAAUACUUAAAA